UGUGCUACUACUACGCAUGCGUUCUCACAGGACCAUACCAGCUGCCAAAACAGAAAUAAGACCUUACCAAAUGAUAGCUUUUAAACCCUUUCAAUGCUAGUUUCACUUCUAAUAUUUUCACGAUGAUGGAAACACUGAACAUUGCAGAGAGGGAAAUCGGAGCAACACUUCCAUCCAUAGAAGAGUGCAAGAUGUCCAGCCCUCCCUCUCAAAGAGUGGUGGAUUCUUCCAAAUGGUCAAACACCAACAGCCAAUCAGAAUCCAAGUCUGAAUGUGUGAACAUUUUAAGCCCCACCUAUUCAGGUGAAGACAUCAAGGCAGAAUCUGGGAUAGACAGGUCAGAUUAUAAUGGGGUGGAGCCAAGGUUGAGUUUGAACAGAUGUGAAGACAUGGGACAGAGGACAGAGAGGACAACUGGAUAUUUGAUGAGCAAAGGACAAGAAGACAUACUAAUCAACAUGAAGGAGGAGGAGGAAGAUGAUUGGGAGUGGCAGAGUGUAAAAAUAAAGACAGAAGAUGGUGUGAGAGAUGAAGAGGGACUCUGGAAUGAAGAAGAAAAAGAGAUGGAUGAACAGAGAGAGGAACGUGUAACUGAUCAAUGUGUCCGAACUGACAAACUGGUGAAGAAUGUAGGAAAAUCAGAACAACAGGAAGAAGAGAAGCUGUCUACUUUGGUGGCGUCUUGUCUGCUAAAACAGCCCAGAGUGCUGAUUCACCGAUUAGAAAUUGAUAAUAGUUCAGUUCCUGUGUCAUCACCUUCUCGUCUCGUGGUCUAUAAAAGUGAUCAGGGAGCGAGCUCUCCAUGGAGACCGCAUGAGUUCUCACCACUGAGAGGAAACCAAUCACAGAGACAGAAGGGUCAUCCUCAUCUUCCAUCUUCAUCAGAGAAUGGGAUCUGUGCUGAAACCUCCCUUAUUUCUCCUGUCAUGUCCCCCAGGAACCAAAACACAGGAGAAACUGUUGAGGAGGCAUCUUGGGUCUUUGCCUGUUCCCAGUGCCCAUUCAUUCACACAGAGGAAGUGAAUCUUCACCAGCACAUUGAGAAGGUUCACCCAGACGAACUCAGCAGGACUGUGGGGUCCCAACAACCUCCCAGCAGCACACAUCAGCACCCCACCCCCCCUAAGACACCCCCCACUCCGACACAGUCCCACACAGGCACUCCAGGGGGCUACAUAUGCUCCCAGUGUGGGAAGAGCUUUAGUCAGUUGGGUAAUUUGAAGAAACACCAGCGGACCCAUACAGGGGAACGCCCAUACCACUGCUCCGACUGUGACAAAAGUUUUGCCCGGUCGGAUCACCUGAAGCUACACCAAAAAACUCAUACAGGGGAACGACCAUACCUCUGUUCCCAGUGUGGUAAGAGUUUCCCUCAGUUGGGUAGUUUGAAGCUACACCAGCGUACCCACACAGGGGAACGGCCAUACCACUGCUCAGAGUGUGGUAAGAGUUUCCCUCAGGUGAGUAGCUUGAAGCAACACCAGAGAACUCAUACAGGGGAACGGCCAUACCACUGCUCCCAGUGUGGAAAGACUUUCCCUCAGUCGAGUGGUUUGAGGCUACAUGAGCGAACUCAUACAGGGGAACGACCAUACCAGUGCUCACAGUGCAAGAAGAGUUUCAAUAAACUGAGUAAUUUGAAGAUACACCAGCGAAUCCAUACAGGGGAACGUCCAUACCACUGCCCCCAGUGUGAGAACUGCUUCGGCAGUUCCCGAUCUUUAAAAAUACACCAGCAAACUCACACAGGUGAGCGGCCAUACCACUGCUCCGAGUGUGGGAAGAGUUUUACUUGGGCCGGUCAACUAACUCGACACCAACAAACUCACACACGCUGUUUGCAGUGUGGGAAGUUUCAUUCGUGAGCAAAAGUAUUGGAACACAAAUGCAGAUGAAAUCCGAAUAGCAAAAACAAAGGAAUUGACCUUGCUGUUCCAAUACUUUUGGGGACUGUAUAUAGUGGCUUCUCCCUUUUCUUAGAGGGUAUUAAGUAUCACUGUAAAUAAUGCUUGUUUAGUAUGGUAUUUACUCUGUUGGCAAGUGUAUUCUUGUAGCAGAAAUAAACACUGUCAUAGUUGGA